CGGCGCCGUCUGGAGUCACUCUAGAGUCAUACGGACUCAUACCCCAGGCCCGUUUUACCCGGAUAUCUUCCCUUUGAUGUCGACUGCUGCGCUACAGCACAAGAAUAUAUAAAAGACAUGUCCACACGUCGCGCCAAGCCUCGCAAAUUCUCCCUCCACAUCGAUCUCCCUCCUCUGUCUAUCCUACAAUAUGGUCCAAGGACUCGUCAUCGACGCAGGCGAACACCCUAUCAAGGCCGUCACCAUCUUCAAGAGCAACAGGGCGGAGAUCGUCCGAACCUUCAACGUCGACCUGAAGGUCGGCCAAAACAAGAUUGAGAUCUUCGGCCUGUCCUCCUCCGUCGACUUCGACUCCGUUCGCGUCACCGGCCUCGGCGACGCCCGCCUCUUCGACGUCACCUGCACCUGGGAUCCGAAGAAGAAUCGCUCCUCCGCCGCGCCCAACAAUCAGGCGCGUAUCCGCGCCCUCCGGACCGAGCAGCAAGCGCUCCAGGCCGAGAAACGCAUGCGCGAAAAAGAGGCGAAGAUGCUCUCCGGCUACGCGGACACGCUCUCCAGCGAGCACGUCGCGCCCCUGGACGCGGUCAAGUACAUGGAGGCGUUCAUGCAGCGCAGCAAGCUCAACCUCGCCGCGGUGCUCGAGCUGGACGGCAAGAUUCAGCAGGUAGAGGAGGAGAUCAAGCUCGAGACCGAGCGGCACCGCGAGCGCAAGGGCAGUACCGACGCCAGGGUUACGAUGGUCAUCGGUGCCGAUCACGACGGACCUGCCCACCUCAAACUCACGUACAUCUCGACCAACACCUGGUGGAACAGCACCUACGAUCUGUACGCCACCACGGAGAACGGGCAGCCGGGAACGUCCGUCACGCUCAAGUAUCGCGCGCGUGUGACUCAGUCGACGGGCGAGGACUGGACGGACGCCGCGAUCGUGCUCAGCACCGCGACCUCGGAUACCUUCGCCAAGGGCAUUCCCGCCCUUCCCUCCUGGCGCGUCACGCCGGUCUAUCGGGCGCCAUCCCCUCCCUUUCCGCCCCCGCCCGGCGCCCUUCCGCCCUCCGUUAUACGGCCCAUGGUCAGAUUGUCGGCGCGGAAGACGAGCAUGGCGACGGCGACAGCCGAGGCGAACGAAGAGUCGGACGAUGACAUGGGCUUCGCCAUAUUCGACGACGAUAUGGCGGGAGGCGGCGAUCGGGAACGGGAGCACGAGCGACGUGCGAUGAUGACGGAGCCUGGGACGAUCGUGUCGGAGAGCGCGUUGUCGCUCAGUUACGCGGUCGAGGGCAAGUCGAGCAUUCCGAGCGAUGGCGAAUCGCACCAGGUUUCGAUCGCGUCGUUGACGUUCGAAGCCAAGACGUCCUACGUCGCCGUGCCGCGCGUGGAGCCGGUCGUGUAUCUCUCGUGCGCAGUCAAGAACAUCAGCGAUUACAGGCUUCUCUCCGGUCCGGUCAGCGUUUUCAUGGACGACAGCUUCGUCUCCAAGACGUCCAUCCAGGCGCGUAUUCGCAACGUGGACGCCGGCGACACCUUCCACUGCACCUUCGGCCCUGACCCGGCAGUCCGCAUCACCUACGUCCGCGACUCGACCACGAAGCAAGGUCAAGGCGGCGCCUUCAUCGAGCGGCACAACAGCACGACGUAUACGACCAAGAUCGCCGUCACCAACAAGCACAAGUUUGCGGCGAAGGACGUCGUCGUGCGCGACGCGAUCCCGCUCGCGGCGGACGACUUCAAGGGCCGAGCGAAGGUCAUCCUCAGCAAGCCUGAGGGCUUGGCGGAGGCGGAGGCAGGCCAGGAGGUGGCGGCCGCGUUCGGCAAGGUGCGAUGGGCGCCCGAAGGAGGUGAGAAGGAGGGCCGAUUCGAGUGGGCGUGUGACGUCGAGGCGGGGCAGGAGGUGACAUUGGAGACCAAGUUCGAGAUACGGGCACCGUCGGAUAUGGAGUGGAACCUGACGUCGUAAAGGGGGGGAGGGGGGACUCGUUUCGGAACGACUCAUUUUGUUGUACUUCUACUAUCACAAUGGGACAUAUCAUCGCGGAUUUCGGCAGUAGCAUCCUUAUGCAUGGCAGUCUCGGAUCUUUACGAUGCAGCGUACCAAUGAC